UUCACGAAAAAAUGGCAUCGCAUCAGGCCUACACAAGGAGUCCCCGAGAAAGCGGGAACGGUCAUAGAAACGUUACAGGUUGAGGAUCGACAGGUAAAUGGUCUUGAUGAUCAUGAUGUUGAAGUUGAGAACCUAUU